UUCGCAACCCGCAUUGCGGCCCACCCCACGCCCACAAUGAUCUGCCGAGGCUGUCUGCGCGCAGCAUCCCGAUCGCGGAUACCCUCAAUCCCCCGCUCGCCCUCCUCCCGCUUCCUCUCCACCACCGCACCGAUCCUCAACGCAACCCCCAUCUCCCCCAACGCGGCCACCCAAACCGCACCGCGCCAAGGCAGUCCUACAUCCUCGCACACCGCCCCCGCCGCAACAUCGACCUCCGCCGCCCAGCCCUUCAGCGCGCCCAUCACGCCCUCCGCUCCCGCCUCCCUAAAGAAGGAUGCCGCCGCAGCAGCAGCGGAGAAGAAAGCCGCGCCGUUAAUGAGGAGCUCCGUACCAGCAGGCACACCACUAAAGGGUCUGAACUUCCUCAAAGACAGAGGCGAUCCGGUAGCUAUGCCCGACGAAGAGUACCCGGACUGGCUGUGGACGAUACUAGACCGGCAGGAGAAGAAGGCCGAGGCCGGGGCGGCGGGCGAUCUUUUUUCGAAAUCUAAAAAGCAGCGCCGAGUGGCCGCGAAGCGGCUCCGCAAGGAACAGUUGGCGAAUCCUGAACUGCUAGUGCCGAAGGUCCCGAUAUACGAGCAGACGAUCGAUCUACCGGCCGGCGAUGGCACGUUGGAAGGCGCGGUCAAGGCUGGCGAGGCGCGGGAGGAAUUGACGAAAGCGAUGCGGGCGAAGAGGAGGGCUGCGAUCAAGGAGAAGAAUUUCUUGAAGGCUAUGGGUUAGACUUCGGGAUGAAUGUUCAACAUGUAGAAAUAUUUGCCCGGGAUUCGGAGGGACGUGUAUCAUACAGCAUAGGCGGGUUAAAGCCGCGAUUUGCGACGAUGUUGGUGAGUGUACGAUUUUGUGCAUAUGGUGGAGGAGAUCAAGUCUCGCAUAUCGUUUUCCAUCACUGAUCCUUCCAUUCUGUACAAUUAACCA